UAGUCAUGACAUCUUGGUACCUGGUAUCCCUGAUUCUAUCUCUCCUCCUACAAACCACUUCCACACUCUACAACAGGAUCUCCACGUGGGAGAGACGCUGUUUUAUUGAGGAUGUUCCUGACAGCACCAUGAUUACUUAUAAAUGGUCGAUCCACCUAUUUAACGACAAGCUAGAUGAUUUCGAUAAAGAGCCCUCUAAAGACGCGAGAAUAUAUUUGUUCAUUUCUAAGAAAAAGGAAUCUACUGGCCCAAACCCCGGCAGCUCAAUCGUGAGACAGCAGGAAUUAAAGAACGGACAAGGACUUAUCCACUUCUACGCGGAAGACUAUGGGGAGUAUGAGUGGUGUUUUGAAAUGCAACCUACAGCUAAUUCUGAGUGGCAAAUAUCUUCAGGGCAUUUAUACGUGGAAGCAACCAGACAGUAUCAAGAUGAAGAGAAGGAGAAGGUAGAGGAUAUAGAGGAUGCCAUCAUUAACACUCUUUCUAAGAACCUUAGGAAAGUGAAGCAGAUUAAGAUGGAACAGAAAUACUACAAGGAACGAGAACAAGAGUUUAGGACGGUUUCCUACCUGACAAGCACAAGGGUUAUUUGGUACGGUGCUGUCACCGCUUUAACUGUGGUUUCUUCGGGAUGCUUCUUGAUGAUGAACUUGAAAUCUUUCUUUAUUUCUAAGAAGCUUGUUUAAUAAAAGUUGUUAACUAGCAAUCCAGUAAACAAUUUCAAUAUUAAAUUUGAUUAUCAACCAUUCAUUCAUUUAUCAUAGCUUAUUAUUUAUGAGUCUGGUCAUGGGGUCAAAUCAUUAUUAUUAUUGUAUGUUUGAUAUAGUUAUUAAAUUUAUUCUUUUUAUCUUCUUGGAAGAAAUUAAACAGAUUUUGAAAAUUGAUUUAAAAACUUGAUUGUCAGCAGAAAGCAUGUUUACAUUUUUCGCGGGGUAUCUACUGAAUCCAGUUAUCAUAGUAUCCUGUAUCAUAGAUCAUGAAAUUAAACAAUGAGAUAACUCAUAUUUUUCAUUAACGGAUUUCUAAUAGUAUUUACUAUAUUUAAAACUGGCUGUAUUAAGUAUUGUUUUUGUAUAUAUACAUUAUACAACUAAUCAAAAUGACAAUUAACAAACAUUCUA